UUGUAUUUGUGGGAGGAAGAUUUAUAGUGAUGGACAGGACUCGUGUGGAUGUGAGCCACUUCCUGUGUAGGAUUGUAUCCCUGCAUAGAGAGAUCAGCUGGAGGCUGUUGUGAUCUGUGCAGUAAUCCAUUAUAAAGAGCUUCCUGUGAUAAAGACUGGUCAUUUCUGCUCUCUCUGCUUGUGCCAGGUGACUGGUCUUACCGUUUUCUGCAGGAACCCUGUAGUGGGUUGAGCCUGCUGAGUCCCUCCCACAGCUUUGCACCCUGUACAGAGAUGAAGCUUAAAGAGUUAGAGAGCUGCCUUCAACAGGUUGAUACCUUUGAAAACCCAAAACUACUCCUGGAGCAGUAUCCUACCAGACCACAUAUAGCAGCGUGUAUGCUGUACACGAUCCAUAACACGUUUGGUGAUAUCGAAGACAAAGUGGUUGCAGAUCUUGGCUGUGGAUGUGGGGUGUUGAGUAUUGGAGCGGCUAUGUUGGGUGCUGGUUUAUGCAUAGGAUUUGACGUAGACGAAGAUGCUUUGGAAAUAUUCAGAACCAAUGCUGAUGAGUUUGAACUUCCAAAUAUUGACCUAGUUCAGUGUGAUAUCUGCUCAUUGCCGGCUCACUGUCUGGUGAAAGCUGUGGACACGGUGAUAAUGAAUCCUCCUUUUGGAACUAAACAUAAUAAAGGUAUGGACAUGACAUUUCUUAAGACAGCUUUGCAAAUGGCAAGGACAUCUGUAUAUUCCCUACAUAAGACAUCUACACGAGAGCAUAUCCAGAAAAAGGCUGCCGACUGGAAAGUGAAGAUGGAAGUAGUAGCAGAGCUUCGGUAUGAUCUUCCAGCAUCUUACAAGUUCCACAAGAAGAAAUCUGUUGACAUAAAUGUGGAUUUCAUCAGAUUCUCACUCGACUGACAUUCAGCAUCUGUAGACUUAAAAUAUGCAUUCGCUAUUUUUUGGAAUUUUAUUUUUUGUUAUAAAAACACAUCUAAAACCCCAGGCAGAGUUACUGGUCUUCUGCAGUCUUCUGUUGCUUUGCCACUGGUGCUUCAGGGGAUUUCUCCUCCAGCUGCCUCUUCUUGGGACUUCCAUUCCUGGCAUCACCUGUUCCUUCUGUAAAAUGAAGAACUGAAAAUAAACAUCUGCAACAGAUUCUCAAUCUAUACUAAAACCAAAUGCUUCAAUGCCAAGGAGCCAACAAGGAUGUUUUUCUGCAAGACCGUGCUUAUUGAGUGAAAGGGACAGCUGCUGCUGGAUGACGCCUCAGAGAACCAGCCAUGAAGAUCAUACUUGGCUUACAGCUGAACUCCAGGAACAGUCUGGGGCAAAGGAUUUGUUUUUCUGCAGUUUUGUGAGCCAAACAGCCCUUCAACAGAAUACCCAGGUUCUCAAUUAGUACAGCACAGGAUGUGGCGACUCACUCCCCAGCCUCCUAAGGCAACACGCUCUACAGACACCUACUUGGGUUACUAAAGUUAGUUGCAUUAAAGUUAGAGGCCUCCUGCAGUUGCCUUUUUAAUCUGCAUUCUUUGCUGAUCUUCCGGUGACAAAAGAAAAAAAAAAGUGUAAAGACGGCCCACAACACCCAUUUACCCCAAGUUUACAUUAAACUGUGUAAAGCUGCUCCCGUGGGGCACUUGUUGAAUAAAAGCUGUACUGAAAUAAAAACCCA